GAGACCGCUUCACGCGCAAACCUGGAGCGUGACAAUCGCUCGUGCCCCCGCAUCUGGGCGGGUAGUUCCACCCGGCGGUUGAGGUACCGUCAGUGGCGGUCGCCGCCUCCUUGUGGGUCGUACACGCCGAUUCGGAAAGGCCCUGCAGCCGCUUGUGGGGGUGGGGAAGGUGGUGUUCUCAGAAUGAUCUUUAAAUUCUGUCCGGAGUGUGGCCAAAAGAUAGAAGCUACUUUUAAUUUUUGCCCAGCUUGUGGUUUCAAGAUACCUAAAGAAGAGACUGAGGAAGAUGUGCAGCCUGAUUCUGUCCAGUCCACAGCAUCUCCAGCUCAGACUGUCCCCAAUGCAGAGGUGCCCAAAACAAAGCACACCCCUGUGAAAAUAAUCCAUCCGAAAAGGGAGAUAGCUUCUCCAAAGAGAAAACGAGAAAUGGAAACGAGUUUUCAAAGUUCCCCUACAAAACUUUCACCUGCUUCAAGAAAUCUCAAAGGAAAACGCCAGAAAAUCAAUCCAUUGGAACUAAUUCCAGAGCAAACAAUCCUGACUGAUCAGAACAAUAAAAAAUGGAAACUUGUUGAGCUUCUCACUCCGAGUGACAGUGAAUCUGGAUUGCUUUAUUCAGCACAACAAGGGGCUGGUCCAUCACAACUGUGCAAAUAUACUGUUAAAGUGGAUGCUAAGGAUGGCAGAAUUUUUAAUGAACAAAACUUUCUUCAGCGUGCUGCAAAGCAAAGCAAAGUGGACAAAUGGCUGAAGUCUCAUAUGAUGACAUUUCUGGGAAUUCCGACAUGUGUUGGCUUUGGAUUCCAUGAAAAUAUUUGCAGGUUUCUAGUAUUCCCAAACUUGGGUAACAGUCUGCAUUCAAUUCUUGAUAAAACUAAGAAAUCCUUGUCCAAGAAAGCAGUACUUCAGCUGUCUUAUAGAAUGAUUGAUGUGCUUGAGUACAUUCAUACAAAUGAAUAUGUACAUGCUGAUAUCAAGCCAGAAAAUAUUUAUGUGAAUCCAAAUGAUUUAGAACAGGUAUACUUGGUCGGGUACUACUUUGCAUUCAGGUACUGUCCUGAUGGUAAACACGUUGAAUACAGAGAAGGAAGCAGAACCCCACAUGAGGGCACUGUUGAAUUGAUCAGUGUAGAUAUACACAAAGGAGCUGGACCUUCCAGGCGUAGUGAUCUUGAAAUUCUGGGCUACUGUAUGUUGAAGGCAUUGUGUGGUUCCCUGCCAUGGUCUGGUAAUAUUGAUUACCCCAAUUCUGUCAUGGAAGCAAAACAGAAGUACAAAGCUGACCUACCAAGUCUUUUCAAAUACUGUUUUGGGAAAAGGAAGUUUCCAGAAGAACUGAAGAAAUAUUUUCAACAUGUCGUGUCCCUACAAUAUGAUGAGGAGCCUAAUUAUGAAGAACUAAGAAAUCAUCUAAAAGAUGGUCUUGAAAGGCUAGGCACAUCCCCUUAUGACCCACUGGAUCUUAUCACCACCAUCUGAACUAUUGGUAACCAACUGUGAGAUCAGUGUUAUCAUAUUGAGGUCGAUUUGAAAAUGUAUGCCUUUAAAGAUGCACUUUUUUACAAUCAUGUUUUUCAAUGCUCUUUAGCAAUAGUUCCACAGUUACACGUUGUUUUGAAGAAAAAUGUGUGCUUGUGUGUAUUUCAAAUUUCCAGGUUUAUAUUUGGUGUUUUAAAUAAAAUUGAAUGAUAAUUUAGAGGUGAUUUUAAACUGGAAUUUUUAUGCUGUUUCUUACCCAUGGUAUUUUACUCUAUUUUAACCAUUGUUCUAAUUGUGUGACCCCAUUGAGGCAACUGAUCAUCUCUAUUUUUCCCCACUCUCCCCAAUAAACUUGUAAGACGUUUAUCUAUAGGUAAACUAUUUAAAUUGUCAGCAAGCUCUUACAUGAGCUAGAUUUCUUUCUGCAAACAGAAAACUGUUGCAGUAAUCAAAGAAUUUUGACAGUUUAUGUCUUUAUUAAAAUUGGCUGUGAUAACUCUUUGGCUGUUAACUAACAACAUGAGAUCAAAAUGUCUCAUUGAAUAUAAUCUAUUUAAGUUGAAUCGAGUUUAUCUGAAUGUACUUGAUGGAAAAACACAGGUCUAGCAGCAUCUGUGGAGAGAAAACAGAGUUAACAUUUCAGGUCCAGUGACCUUUCUUCAGAACUCCAAUUCUGAAGAACGGUGUUGUUAACUCGGUCAGACCUGCUGUGUUUUUCCAGAAAUUUCUGAGUUUUUUAAUACUUUGUGAAGACUGUUUUAAUGUGACAAAUUGCUUGUGCUGUGAAGUUUGUCUAAUUGCUGGCUUCCAAACAGUUUCAAAUUUAAUCCAUUUGGUUUUGGUUGGGGUUAUUUGCCAUUAAUAAUUAGAUAACUGUAAAGUUGUAACUUGUUGGCAUGUGUUUGACGAAAGAGAAUGAUAACUUGAAUGUGAAAGGAUGACAGCUCAAAUCCCCUAGAACAGUUACUACCCUUAUGAGUUCUGUUAGGGAUCCAACAGCUCUGAUCAAGUCUUCUGGAAUUUGGGAGAGCUCGUGUAUAUUUUCAGUACUUCUAUCCAAGGGCACCUGAAGUCAACAUCUCCGAGAUAAAAUAGUUCAGCCUAAAAAAAUCUAAAUUAAGUUAGAGCAGAUGACAGAGAGGAUUGUAAAUAUAAGGUUAACAGACCUUCUAAUGCAUACAAAACACAUUUUUAAUGAGGACCACCCAUUGAUGUCAGGAGGUUUAUGAUUGCUGGCAUUAUGGCAUUGCUGGUUUGGCAUUUAAAACAUGCUCUUGUUGCACCAUAUCUGUGAUUUGUUAUAAAGGCUGGUCCUUUAUUUGGUGAGAUAUUAUACUCUUUUCUUUCUAAGUAAAACCAGUUUUUUGCUAGCUCAGUGAUUAUGCUAUGUGAUAAUUCACAUUAAGUAAAUUUCUAGACUCCUUCUCAAUAUUAUGUUGACUGUAACUUGGGGUUAUAGCAGAUUUUGUGAAUUUAUUAAUGACUUCAGCAUUACUGGCUUUUCAGCUCUGCAGGAUCCAAGUGUUAUUCCAACUUAGAUUGCUGGAAUGCAGUCUUCUCGUUAUCUAUUACCAUUUAGGUAAAAGUAACAUUGUCCCAGAGGAACAUAGGGCACCUCUCUAAUCAGCGAUAGACAACUGGUGGUAGUUUAACCUGGAGUCGCCACACUUCUAACGAAGGAGGGAUUGAGAAGGGGAGACCUUCAAGUUAACCUCAGCCAAUUGACUGAACAGCUGUUUGGCAAUGCAGAAAUAUGCUAACAGUACGGAAUUUUCCACAGGAUAUUGCACUAUAAAUCAAGCCCUGCUACUCCCCAGGUCUUACCAAAUAUUAACUUUUUUAAGGUAAGCAUAUUUACCUGACUUUCAGACCAAGAUUGGAAGAAAGCACAGACCAGAUUUCUGCAGUAAACAAGAAUUUUCGUUGUAAGUAAUUGGACUAUAGCUACGAAUAAGUAGAUAGAAAUCAUUGGCAUAAAACAUUAGCUAAAUCUCUAAUUCCUUUAUAAAAUCUUCCUUAAAGGGCACAGACACAUGGGGAAAAUAGAUUAUAGGCAGAGAUUUAAAAAAAAAUCUGGAAUGUCAUUUUUGGUCAUCAUCGCUUCCUGAUUCCAAAUUUCAAAUGGUCCUCCUUCUACUCGCUAGGCCUCUGGUGUUCAGUUGUCUUUCUCCCAAAGCUUCCACUGGUUUACGAGAAGUAUAGACAACUGAUUUACUUGGAAAGUGUCUCUGAUUUAUCAAUUGAAACGUCUCAGCUCUUGAUAAUUGGUUUUCUUCAAGUUUAACCUGAGGUUUUACUGCAGAGAACAGGCAACUUCUGCUGGGGAGAACACCAGCGCAUCCUUCUCUAUAUCUCUCUCUCUAACUUGUAUUUAGUUCCAACCUGCUGAAUUAGCUGAGAACCAAUUAGCUUUAAUUGUAGUUGACAAUAGUUAUUGAGUUCCAUGUUGUGACAUUAGAAUUAGGUUAAUUGUGACAUGUACUCAAGUAUAAAGUACAGGAGUAUGGUGAAAUGUGUACAGUGUUGCCACACAAGGUGCCAUCUUAAGUACAAAGAACCUGGGUACAAAUCUUAGGUACUAAAAUAGAUUAGGUACAAAAAUAGAGAAAUGGAGAAAAGCUAAAAGUUCUACAUUACAGUUCUUCAUAGUAUAAAUUAGGAAGAUAAAGAAAUAAAGUUAGAAGAUAAAUGUUAAGUCCUUCUAUAGCCUGUAGACUCUCCAUGUUGUGAGCUGUCUACACAUGGUCUCGCUUUCCCGACACUAUUGGGCUCAAGAUCUGCGACAGGCUGACCGCACUGGGCCCCAGUCCACCUGCCGCUUUGCUCUGACCCUGUGACUGUGCAGCCAAAUUGGUGUAUACUUUUCUUAUUUAUAAACAGUUCUUUUUCCUUGCAAUGUACAGUUAAGGACACAAAAAUGAAAAGAUAUGAGUCUCAAGUAAUAGAUUUUAUUGUAGGAUUUGUCUUGUGCAAUGCACUUGAGACAAGUCCUGUGAGAAAUUGUAAGUGUUCUUUUUGAUUAUAUUUUUAGUUUUUCUAAUUGGUCUUAUUUCAAGCAUCUGAUUUGACAUUUGUACCCAAACUUGGUAGACCCAUGCAGAUUUCACAAGAACGCUAAACACAGCUCCAUGCUGAUGACACAUAAAGGCUAACACACCAGGGGCACUAGUGACUAUGUUGUCUCCUGCAUACUACUGUUAAAGAUGGGAGUCAAGCCAAACCACAUGAUAGUAUCCUAUAAGCAUCACUUGAAAGAAACAUCACAACUGAAAAUUGCAACCACAAAUUUGCAACCUGCAUGUUUUCACCUUGUUACAGAGAAAAGCUUGCAUUACAAAUCUCAAGAUCAGCAAUUCACUGAAAGAACAUAGUUAUUUAAUUGCUCCACAAUGAGGCAAGCAACUAAUACAGUGGCUUCUCUGGGUAUCAAUAAAUGAUAAGGGGCUAGAGUUUCAAUGUUUUAAAGCAAAUAUAAAUUCAUGGUAGAGUCAGAGUCAUACAGCAUGGAAACAGACCGUUUGGUCCAACUAGUCCAUGCUGACCAUGUUGCCAAACUAAUCUGGUCCCACUUGCCUGCAUUUGGCCUAUAUCCCUCCAAGCCUUUCCUGUUCACUUACUUAUCCAAUUGUAUUUUAAAUGUUGUAACUGUACUUGCGUCCACCAGUUCCUCUGGCAGUUCAUUCCACACAUGAAUCGCACUCUGUAUUUUUUUUUAAAAAGUUGCACCGUGUAUUCUUUUAAAAACUUUCUCCUCUCACCUUAAAAAUAUGCCUCUUAAUUUUGAACUCACCCACCCUUUGGAAAAGACCCUUGCUAUUCACCUUAGUCAUGCCCCUCACGAUUUUAUAAAUGUCUAUAAAGUCAGCCCUCAACCUCCCAUGCUCCAGUGAAAAAAGUGCCAGUCUAUUUUUAUAAUUCAAACCUCCAUUCCUGGCAAAUCUCUUCUGAAUCCUCUCCAAUUUAAUAGUAUCCUUUUCUAUAGCAGGGUGACCAGGGCGCGCACUAUUGCAGAAGACGCCUCACCAACAUCUGUACAGCCUCAACUUGACAUCCAAACUUCUGUACUCAACGGUCUGAGCAACAAAGGCAAGUGUGAUAAAUGCCACCUUAACCACCCUAUAUACCUGUGGUGUAACUUUCACAGAUCUAUGUACCUGAAUCCCUAUGUCUCUCUUUGUUCUACAACACUACCCAGGGCCCUACCAUCAUUUGUAUAAGUCGUGCCCUUGAUUGUUUUUAACAAAAUGCAAUACUUCACAUUUAUCCAAAUUAAACUCCAUCUGCCACUCCUCAGCCCAUUGACCUAAUUGAUCAAGAUCUCUUUGUAAUCUUAGAUAAUCUUGUUCACUGUCCACUAUGCCACCAAUUUUGGUGUCAUCCACAAACUUACUAACCAUGCCUCCUAUAUUCUCAACUAAACCGUUUACAAAAAUGACAAACAAAAGUGGACCCAGCACAGAUUCCUGUGGAAUGUCAAUGGUCACUGGCCUCCUGCCCAAAAAAUAAUCCUCCACCAUCGCCCUCUGUCUCCUGCCAUCAAGCCAAUUUUUUAUCCAAUUGGCAAGCUCACCCUGAAUUCCAUGUGAUCUAGCUUUACCAAUUAGUCGAUCAUGCAUAACUUUGUCAAAGGCUUUUCUAAUGUCCAUGUAAACAACGUUUACCACUCUGUCCUCAACAGUUUUCUUUGUUACUGCCUCAAAAAACUGAAUCAAGUGUACCAGACAUGAUUUCCCUCAGAAAAUCAUGCCACCUAUCCCUAUUCAGUCCAUUCCUCUCCAAAUGCACGUAAAUCCUAUCUUUCAGAAUUACCUCCAAUAAUUUCCCCACCACCGAUGUCAGCUCACAGGUCUAUAAUUCCUAAGUUUUUCCUUGCAGCCUUUCUUAAAUAAAGGCACAACGUUAGUCAUGCUCCAGUUGUCCAGCAUCCCACCUGUGGUUAUAGACCAUACAAAUAUUUCUAGUAGGGGCCUUGUAAUUUCUUCCCUAACUUUCCAUGAUGUCCUGGAAUACACUUAAUCAGAUCCUGGAGAUUUAUUCACCUUUGUUUUCUUAAGACAUCCAGCACAUGAUCCUCUGGAAGUGAUGGCUCCUUAGAAUUCAAAAUGCCACCAUUUGUGGACAGUGCAUUUUUUUUCUCUUUUAUCAGCUGUUAACCAGCUAGAUGGAGUCUUAUUGUUGCAGAAAAUGAAUGAAGGCAGAACUCAAUUUGUAGAGCUAAAGAACGGCCUUUGUUGAGUUUAACAAUGUAUUAAAAAUUCUUACAUAAGAUUUUUAUCUGAAUGUGUACAUCAGAAUCCAGGAUGGAUCACAACUGUGCCAAAGCAACAGUGUGUUCUUUCCACAGAAUAUGGAGAGAGAACUGGAAAUACAUUCCAUGUAAGCUCCACUAUUUGUGAUGAUUAUUUCAAACUUAUGGGUACAACAAGACAAUAGGAUAGCAGUAGACGUUUGUGAGUAAUUCCCAAACAUUAUAUAUUGGUUCCUGUGAAAGACCAAAAAGUGUGAAGCUGAGUGGCCACCACCAAGGCAAUGAGCAUAUAACUGUAACAAUGAGUGCACAGCACCAGCCAUAAUGAAGUGAAGGGACAUGCUGAGACAAAACCAUCUAUGGAAUACAUACUAUCUAUUGUUUAUGGACUUAUCAAAACUCAAAAUUCAUCGACUCACUGUCUCCAAUCCAUAAACAUAAGAGCUUUAAGGAAAUCAAUUUACAGUAACUAGGUAUGGAUUGCCAUUAUUGAUUCCCUAUUGUCUAGUAAGGACGUCCAAUUUCAAUUCAUUUAUGUGGAUAAUGGAAGUAUUAAUCAGGUGGUCACAUGAUUGAAACUUACUUCAGAUAACCAAGCUUGCCUACUCCCAAGAACCAGAACGAACAAACCAGUCUGGAAGCAAACAGCACAGAAGAUCCACAAUGUAAAUCUCCCUGUUCCCACCUUCUUAUUAAAACAAGUUCAAACUCUGUCUGCUGUUUUUGACUGUGUAUGUGACAAGGGCAGAAAUACUUUUGAAGGAUUCAUCCCAGCAUUUAAAAAAACCAAGAAAUGGAGACGCUGGAACUCUGAAACAAAAACAGAAAUUGAUGGAGAAAUUCAACAAGACUUCAGCGUUUGUAGAGAGAUGAAGGAUCACUGGAUGAAAGCAUUGACUUUACCUUCUCUCCGCAAACAUUGCGAGACCUUUUAAGUUUCUCCAGCAAUUUCAGUAAUUGUUUAAAAUCAGCACCUGCAAUCUCCAAAAAGAGCCAAUAAAUCAUUAUUCUACAUUGUUAAGCCAUCUUGACAGUGAGCAAUAGAGCCACCCCAUUUACUUUGAUCCAAGUCAUCAACCUAGGAAAACCAUAGCAUUUUAUUCUUUAAAACCUUAAAAAAAAUCAUUUAAUUUGUGCUUGUACUCUACAAUGUACUAUUAUGUGUGAACUUGAGUGCAUGUGAAUAUUUGUCUUUUUAUUAAUUUUUGCUUUGACUGGAUUAAGCACAAUAAAAACUAUGCUCUUUUCAUCUUUAAAAAAAA